UAUGCACUUUUUGUAUUGUUAUCAUCAAUAGAUGCUGUCUUGUUUACUAUUGCGCACUUUUAUUGGCUAAUUUAAACGCAUGACUCUCGUGACUUCUGUUAUUGUGCAACAUUUGAAUGAGAAUUGCAUUAAAAAGAAAAUGCUCUGAAAUGUCGCAUUAGUCCUGGCACAUUUCCUCAGUCAGAUCAGAUACCUUUAUAAUCCUCUGGAGCUGCUGCUCGUCCCACGUGGUCCUUCAGUCCAGUAUAUAAACUUUCCUGCGGCUCUGAAGCGGCACAAUGUCUGUUCGCUGGAGAGAGAGAGAGAAGCUCCCGCACAGCAUCCCGAGCACCGAGAGCGAUGAUGAAGAAGUGUCUGGGAAACCUUCACUGGAAGUCAAAAUGUCCAACAAAGGAGGACGGGAUUUUUUAUUGAAGAACUAACAAACAUAAAAGGCGAAUGGUUAUUUGGAAAUUCCGCGGGUGACUGCUUCACACUCUCUCCCAUCAUCAUCAUCAUCAUGGAGGAUUUUAAGUUAGCAGAGUGAAGGAAUCAUAACAGAUCCUUUGUUUAGUCUGUGGGGUUUUUAUUUGACGCGUAAUGCUGAGAUUUCCAGUCAUGCCAUGACGCGCCAGGCUCGUGCGUAAAAGUGCGUCCGCUGAAAGCAAGACUUUAUUAUUCACUCAAAUGGAGAAUCAAUCGAGCAGAAUUUGACUGAAUGCAUCACUGUGUGUCCGGGAUAUCCAUAAGCCGGGAUUAAUUGCUUUGUGUUUUAAUCACUCCCCAAGCCCGGACCUCUAGCAGUGGAUCUUACACUUUUUUUUUUAAUUAGAGGGAAAACAAAAGAGCGACAAAUAAUCAAGGCGGAUACGAACUUUCAUUUCCAUCCAUCCAGCUCGCAUCCUGGAAGAUGAAAAGCUUGAUGUUUGAAGUGCUUUGUUUAGUUUGCGUCCUGUCCUCCAUCCGCGGCACACCGGCACCGGACACCGAGACCCCGAGCACCAGCACGAGCUGCGCGUCCUGCGGGCUCCCCAAGACGGAUGGACCGGCGGACGGGGAUUUCCUGGAGGCGGUGAAGAGACACAUUUUGAGCCGCUUGCAGAUGCGGGACAGACCCAACAUCACACACCCCAUCCCGAAGGCGGCGAUGGUGACCGCGCUCAAGAAGCUGCACGCCGGGAAGCUGCGCGAGGACGGGCGGGUGGAGAUCCCGAAUCUGGACGGGCACGCGGCGUACAUGCACGAGCUGGAGGAGGAGACGUCGGAGAUCAUCAGCUUCGCGGAGACAG